AUGAAAGCCCAGGGGGUAUACAAGCGUCUCUUGGACCCUACGUACGAAGCGAAACCGAUGUGCCCAGCGAAGAGGGGAUGGCAACAGAUCGGUGAUUUCGACAAGGAGCUCGAGGGGAAGCCAAAGCGGCCCUGGGAACCGCGGCCCAAGAAACCUGCUUGGGAGACCGACGAGGGCGACCAUGCCGUCGAUGAGGAGGUCGACGAGGACGCAGAUCAUGAGGAGGAGGAGGAGGAGGUGGACACCAGCUCAAACACAUCUACCAGCAGAUCGAGCAGCAGCAGCUCUAGCAGCUCGAGCAGCUCGAGCAGCGAAAGUGACGAUGACAAACCACCGCUGCCACCGCCAGCUGAAUCUCCUCCACCACGUGGGUUUCAUACCCGUUCAGGGGCCAACGCAGACUCGUGGGGCAUGCGCAGUUUGACUACGCGGUGGCGUGAUGACGACGUGAAUGGAUGGCAGAUCAAGUGCAAGAAUCCCAACCGUGACAGGUGCUCGAAGGAGAUGUCGAUUACUGUGGCGGGAGGUGCGGGUGAAUGCCGCCGUAUGCUAGAAACGCGGGUUCUUCUCGGGAGCGCUCGCCCCAAUCGACGCGAGCACAUGGAGGGUUACUCUCGGGAGAUGAUGCUGAGCAUGCUCCACGAUGGCUUCAUUCUAUCGGAGGCUGAAUUGGAUGCGAUGGUCCCUCACAGCCCACAUGGUGAUGAUGAAGCUCCAAUCGUCAUUGAUCCUGACGUUGCGCCUGUAGACGGCCCCGGACUCUUGGGCGAAAAGGCAGGUGACGUGCCAGAGGAUGUCCACGCCAGAAUGGAGGCCUUGGCAGCAACAGCCAGCAUGCCGAUAACUACUCCAGCACAGCGGGCAAAAAACAAUAUUUCCAGCAGCAGCUCGUACAAGGUACCAACCGCACUAGCGGAGGCGCUGAGGGGAGGCUACGUGCAUCCGAACCUGCCAGCCCCUGCAGGCUUGAAGUGGCGCUGCCGCGCAGGUGAGUGGUCGUUGAUCCCACGUGGAGGGUGA